UUUUCUUUGUGUUAAGAAACAGUUCAGUUUUCUUUGUGUAAACUUCCCUUUAACAUGAUCUAGUUAUGAGUUGUCCAAUAACACUAGUGUUCCCCAGAGUUACCUAGAAAAGUUUCCUAAUUAACAUGCAGAAUAGGGACUUGGCUUUGUAACACAAGUGACUUCCUUUUCCGAAGAAUGAAUGUAAAUGAGCUUAUUACGUACAAAGGGUAUCCCUGUGAGGAGUACAAAGUGAUGACUGAAGAUGGUUAUAUCAUUACUAUUAACAGAAUCCCCUAUGAUACCCAAAAUCAGAGAAAUCCAGUUGCAAAACCUGCUGUAUUUCUCCAACAUGGACUAUUGGGAGAUGCCAGUAACUGGGUCACAAAUCUGCCCCAAAACAGCUUGGCCUUCAUGUUAGCUGAUGCUGGCUAUGACGUUUGGAUGGGAAUUGCGGUCAGAGAACAUCAGAAUUGUUCCACUGAUCAAGAUGAGUUCUGGGCUUUCAGUUUUGAUGAGAUAGCCAAGUUUGAUCUUCCAGCAGCAAUAAAUUUCAUCAUAAAGAAAACCGGACAGGAAAAGCUGUACUAUAUUGGCUACUCACAAGGCACAACCAUCGCUUUCAUUGCUUUUUCAGCAAUGCCAGAAGUGGCUCAGAAAAUCAAACUCUAUUUCGCUUUGUCACUUGUCACUGCUAUUAAGUAUGCCAGAAGCCCAGCAACAAAGCUCCUCUACCUUCCUGAAAAUAUGCUCUGGGUAUGUGGUAUCUUGGCUUCAGGUGUAUGACUAUAUACUUGUUUGCUCAGCUCUUAAAGGGAACAUACAGAAGGCAUAGGGCUUCAUAAAGUUUACCCAUUUGUGGGUGGGUAGAUUCACCUUAUGAUUAUAGUUCAUACAGGACAAUAGGGAAAGCUUUUCUGUAAGGCAGUAAUGUGAUAUUGGAACAAGUUACCCAGAGACUCGGCACAGCAGCGCAGACCCUCGAGAUUUCCAGUAUCCCUCUAGAAAAAGCCACAGCUAUUCUGGUCUAUUUCUGCCUGUAGGAGGACUCCAGAUGAAACU